UACAAGUCAUCUAAGUCGGUUUCAAUAUUCUCAAUUUUCCUUCUUCCUCACUAUUUCACUCUAUCAUCCAUCCAUGGAUUCCACUUUACAUACCUGGAAUCCAUAAACCCUAAAUAAUUUCUCAAGAAAAUUCACACCAUUUUUGUUAUACAAAACACCCAUUUUGGGUGUUUUUUUGUUAAAGAUAUAUUAUGUAUAGAUCGGGAGCUGUAAUGGCAUGGAACGUGUUCAGAUUCUGUACUGCCUUGCGAGGGCUUGGUUCGAUCAUGAUCCUUUUGGUUUUGGGUGUUGUUGGAGUUACCUAUUACGCCGUCGUUUUAACCAACUAUGGUCCUUCCCUUACCAGUGGUGGUGGUUUCCUCGAUGUCCUCAUCGCUCUUUCAGUACUUGUAUUAUUCCAUUGUCUGUUGGUGAUGCUUCUGUGGUGCUACUUUUCUGUUGUUUUUACUGAUCCUGGUAGUGUGCCUCCAAAUUGGAGACCAGAGUUGGAUGAAGAAAGAGGGGAAGCUGAUCCGUUAACCACAUCAGAAUUCGGGGCUUCGCCAGCUGACUCAGGGAAUACCAGAAUACGUUUCUGUAGAAAGUGCAACCAGUUAAAACCUCCUCGAUGCCAUCACUGUUCCGUUUGUGGAAGGUGUGUGCUAAAGAUGGACCAUCAUUGUGUGUGGGUUGUCAACUGUGUUGGAGCAUUAAACUACAAGUAUUUCCUUCUCUUCCUGUUCUAUACGUUCCUUGAGACCACUGUUGUCACUUUAUCAUUACUGCCACAAUUUAUUGCAUUCUUCAGUGAUGGAGAGAUACCUGGGACUCCGGGCACUCUUGCGACUACUUUCCUUGCUUUUGUCUUGAACCUUGCUUUUGCUUUGAGUGUUUUGGGAUUUCUGAUUAUGCACAUAUCGUUGGUGUCUGGUAAUACCACAACCAUUGAGGCAUAUGAGAAGAAGACCAGUCCUAAAUGGCGUUAUGAUCUUGGUCGGAAGAGGAACUUUGGACAGGUGUUUGGUUUGGACAAACGGUAUUGGUUCAUUCCUGCUUACUCUGAAGAAGAUUUAAGACGGAUACCUGCUCUUCACGGUCUUGAGUACCCAUCGAAGCCUGACCUUGAUGCCCAAGAAUAAUCAUGAUGUGCAUACCGAACAUAAGUUUCGUUCUUUGUAACAAAAUAUACAGUGCCUCACGAUUUCAACUGAUUAACCGGCUUUAACUACAUUGGACUGGACCUUUGCAUCUACUCGUAUUACGCAGAGCAACACCACAAGAAUAUGAAGAGUCUGAGCAGGCGAACAACUUGUGGAUUGGAGCAAAGGCUGGCAUUUCGUACUACGUUGAUUUGUCCAUUUCAUGAUUUUUAGAUAUCUAUGUGAAAUUAAUAUUCUGUAACAUAAAAAUGAUGCUGAUUUUCACGUUUAACAGCAGUGUUCUUGUAAUUGAUUACUUGAUCAGAAAUGCAGAUUAGAUCUCUGAAGAUUCUCCACCCGAAAACAUUGAUUUCCUGAUAAGAGAAGUGCAGAUCAAAUCUGUGAUGAUUUUUCGUCGGUA